CUCUGAUUGGUUUGUAAUUUCUGUGGAAACAGACCUAAUGUGAUUAUUAUUAGGUCACUCCUAUCCUAUAUAACUUAUGCUCACUUGAUCUUUUUAUAGUUAGUUUCGGUUUCCUCUGGGACCAAUAAUAUUGCUUUUUUGAUUUAAUUUCCAUUUUUUUUUAAAUUUGCUUCUUUUACAGACACAAUGGCCUCUCUUCAAAACUUUAUUGGAUAUUUGUUAGCUUCAAUAAUAAUUAUUAUUAUAGCUUUUGUCGCACAAGGAGAAGCCUAUAAUUUCUAUUACAUCACCGAAAACCAACGUGGAGAAAACUACUUUGGAAAAAAUGGGGCUCAGGAAAAUGUUUUGUCAAUUUCUGCAGCUUUUUUAAUAGUAUUUCAGAUUCUGAUCCACUUACUGCAUAUUUGAUUUUUACUAUAGCUUCCUAUAUAACUAAUCAACCUAACGGGACGAAAAUCGACACAAUAAAUACCUACCUAUUUAGUAUUUUUUAUUUUGUACCAAUAUGUAUUUGUAUAUACUUACAACUGGACAAAGUUCAAACUUCACACUCUGUAUUCGCUUCUGCCCAAUGGAGCAAAAACAACAUUGAGCCUCUAUCUUUGAACUCGCUCAAUAUCCAGAGACGACUUGCUGGCACCAAAAAUGAGGGGGAGGACCAGAUCCAGAUUAAAAUCGAUCCAUUUACUUGUUUUUUUUAAACAAACCCUAAAUAAAUUAUUUAUUGUAAAGAUGUUUUUUGUAUGAAUAUAAUAUUUUAUAUUAUAUAAUGAUAAAAAACUAGUUUUUUUUUUCUAGGUGUAAUAAGCUUCUCUAAGAAAAAGUAGCUUGUUUGGCAACGUGGCACGAUCAGCUAUUUGUUGAUGACUUUCCAUGUUCGCCACUUGCUCUAUAAUUUAAGUGAAUUAUAAAAUGCGCUUUAAUAAUAAAUAUAAUAAUUAUUGGAUUGUUAUUGUUGUUGCAUAAAUAAUAAUUAUCAAGCAAACAUA